GACGCUGUCUGCAACGGCUGUUGGCCGCGGCCUGCUGCUCCACCUGCUGUUCACCUGCUUCGCGCAGGAGCUGGCCUGCGUGGUCCGCUGCUGCCUGGGAUCUCCGGCGAAGGGUCACGCAAAGAUUGCGUGGAGACCCGUGGCCCUGUCUCUGGCACUCUGUGCCUUCGUUGCAGAUGCUACGGCAAACUGGCUCUUUGCCGCGAAGUCUCGCUGGCUCACUGCGGCCUGGGCCAACUUCUUAGCGGCAUUGGUGUGUGGCAGCUUCCCCCAACAGCGCAGGCGGCCGCCCCUCUCCGAGUGGGCUGAGGGCUAUGCAGGUCUCCGCGACCUUCGCGCAGGCCGGCCGAACCGGCUUCUCAAUGAUCCGCGACUGCGCGGCAGCGCGCUGGUGGGAGGCUUGCGUCGGUUGAGUGCUCGGCUUCUGCAACCCUCCGUCUCUGAAGAGGCUCAGGACCCAGCCUUCAUGAAUUGCCUCCUGGCCGAACUGUGGCCAAGCCUCCGCGGGAUGCUGGAAGAUGAUGUCGUGAAGGGCGAAGUCCAGCACCUGCUUCAGGAGAACGUCACGGCAGCCUUGAAGUUCGAUCGGAUCUGUUUGGGUCCAGAACCUCCGAAGGUGCUUUCUCUGUCGAUGGUUCCGGCAACCACCACCGAGCGGGCCAUUACCAUUGCUGCCGAGGUCGAGUUCUCUGGCAAGGACCGUGCUUUUUUAACCCGGCCUCAGAUCUGCUGA